AACCGUUGCCACGAGGCGGUUAAUCGUCGGUUUCCCCAAUUGCGCGAACACUCGUGAAAAGGUAAAACGGUUGGUGGGUGUGUGUGUGUGCGAUACUUCGUAUGCUCAACGCUUUAUACGAACGCUGUGUCUAUACACUGUUAUUGAGUGUGUGCGUGUCGAUGGUGUCUCCGGUUUGAAGAUUUAGGUGGACGCGCGGCGACGAUGCGUAGGUUAGCUUUUUCCGUCGUCGACUGUAGUACUGGUACGGUGUGUCCUGGCGAUGACCUCUUCGCUUUUCACAUGAAAGACGACGCUCGUAGCGGACGAAGGUGCCCGGUUUCGCAGCGUAGCAAACGCGUGCCGCGUGUGUGUGUAGCUGUACUGUGUGAGUGACGGUUUCGCACAAAUCGUGCGGUAAUUUCGCAUACGCAGCAGGCAUAGGAAGCCGGCUUGAACCUGCGAACAGCGGCAAUACCCCUGCGAGGGAAAUUAGUAAGCGAAGAAAACAAAGAAGAAGUGAACGCGCGUACGCACGGUAUGGUUUGCGGCGCCCCGUAUGGUGGUUGUUCGAUGUUGAGCGUGUGUGCGUGUACGGCUUCGGUAGCGUGAAAAAGCGCAUCCCGCGCAUUUCUGCUCUCGCUUGUACUCGCCUUUGAGAGCCAAUUUUGAAACGCAUUUUUCUUUCGUUCGACCGUUUUUUUUUUUCGUGCAGCUCUCCGUAAGCCGUGUGAGUGAGAUGGAACGAUAAGGCGCGAGCGUGCCAAGUGAAAACGAUAUCAUUAGCGCGAAAAGGAAAGUCAGCGCGUGUGUGCAUGUGUGUGUGUGUGGAAAGGAGAACGUUUGGCAACGGAAUCAUCGAACCCCGGUUAUGGUGGUGUAGUACAGUACGUGUUUGCGACGGCAUUAGCAAAGCGAUUGAGAGAGAAAAAAAGUCACACUCAGGCGACGGUGGCGAUAGCGAGAGUUAGUAUACACACGCAUCUCGUACCUCGUUUGGUGUAGCAGCAACACAUCAUCAUUGGCAGAGCAGACGACGACAUAGAACGAUAGGUGGUGGUCCCGUAAAAGCAAUGCCGGUAUUAUGAAAAUUCAUAACUCCAACACCAACCCACCACCACAGGAGAAAGUGAGAACUCGAUCGGUCGUCAGCAAGGAAGCACAGGAGGCGAACGGGACAGUGCGUGGAGCUGUUGUCGGUGGUGCUUCCGAGAAGCAGCAACAGAAGAAGCCCGCACAGAAAGCAGCCGCAGCAGCAGCUUCCUCACCGGCCUCGAACCUAAGUCCGGAGCUGGAGAACACGGCCAACCGGCUGACGUUGGAAGCGGGCAAACGAGGACGCCGACGCGGCCUGCCACGGCAACCGGAAACAAACGACGAAAGUCAGGAGGAGGGGGAGGAGGUAGCGGGAGAGGAAAAGCAGCAGCAGACAACGAUUAGUGCUGCGGUAAAGAAACGUCGGUUGGACAAAUCGGUGGUAGUACAGCUCAAGAAGGAAAUUCAUCAUACGAAUGAAGAGGACCACACAGAAACGUCGGAGCUAGAGAACCACACAAAACGCGAAACCGAGGAAGGUCACAGGGAGCAGGGAGAAGAAGACGCCGCCAACGACAGUCCGGUGGAGGACCUCAACGAGGACGACCGUACGUCCUCGUCGACGGUUUCUGCCGAGGAGACGCUCGAUCAAGUGAUGGAAAGCUUCAACAAAGGUCGCAUAAGCACGCUCAACAACAGUCUGCGACAGGCAAAGGGGGGACACGCCUCAUCGUCGGUCGAUCCGCUCACCAUGACGAUGGAAGAAUAUCAACAGCAGCAACAGGCACAACAGAACGACGACGCACCGAUGGACGAGUACGAACCAGCGGUAACCGUGGUCGGUGGCAGUGCGUCCGCCAGUGACGACAUCGAGGACACAGACGGUGCCCUAGCCGGCAACCGAUUGUUCAGGAAGAAGGUGAAACGAAAACUGCCAGUACGGCCACCGAACAGUAGCAGCUCCGUAACCGCCUGCAACAGUACCGUUGCGGCGGGCGGUAGUGAGAGCGCCACCAAGGCGAAGCUACAGAUGGUGCACGAAUUCCCGAUGCUAUUUCUCGGGUUGCGCCGCAAUCGGAUGUUUCUGGUGAACUCGUUGGCGCAAUGGUUCGAUCUGAACCAGCGCGAUAUCAUACUGACGCUGCGCAAGAUCAAGCAGAACGAAAGCAGCGUCCGGUUGGGUAGCGUAUUCGGGCUCGGCUCUACCGAGGUCGAGCUGCUGUUUCACAAAAACGUGCCUAAGAUCGCGGACAGCCUGCGGAACUUUAUCGUGUGGCCGGACGAUAUCACGAUGAAGCUGAACGUACCGAUCAGCCUGCGGCAACACUUCCAACGCAUUCACCUCAUCCUGAACUAUCUGGUCGUGCGGGUGAAACAGAACGCCGUCCAGGAGCUGUCGGCGGACGAGAUCGCGACCUCGUUCUGCCCGAACGAGCAGUGCCACAAGCUGAAGUACCUGGUCGCGUCCACGCUGGACGGUUGCGUGUGCUUCGUGUCGCGUGCGUUCGGCGUACAGACGGACGACGAGCAGGUGCUGAGCCAGUCCGGCUUUCUGACCAAGUUCAAAACCAACACGAACCUGAUCGCGGGCAAAAACUUUCACAACUUUGAGGAUCAGCUGGCGAAUGGGCACGACCAUGCGAACAACAAUGGUGGGCACGGUCGGCGGAAUCGCGUUACAUCGGCCAGCCGGUCUGCUGCGGAUGGUGAUGAUGAUCUCGAGCGGGUACUCGGCGGCAGCAACAGCAAUAGUGUGGACAACUUCGAAGAGAUGGUGUCGGAGAAGAUCAGCAAGAGCAAAACGUUCAAGCUGAAGAACUACAUCGAGAACAUACUGGAGAACUUCCAGAGCCAUCAGCUGCUCAGCCCGCAGACGUGUAUCGAUGCGCGGACGCUAAAGCUGCUGGACGAUAUUGUCGUGAUUGUGGGGGCGCUAAUAAACCUGCAGAAGCAGGAAAUCGAGUAAUAAGGAAUGUAGAGCAUAUUAGGCACAUGGGAAAGCGGGGCCGGAGUUGGACGUGUAGCACAGGGGCAUAGCGAAGUAAAUGGAGCGCAAGUUUCGCGAAAAGCAGCACAUAGAGGUUUGUGGAGCAAGAGCAUUUGUGGCCGCGUAUCCUUCUCCCCGAUUCGAACUCAUCGAUUUUUUUUCCGGAUGUGUGUUGUAUGCAUCAUAUCGAUUAUGUUGCUUUUCCUUCUGUUCGUUGCUGCUUAGUUUUCAGUGUAGCAGCCGCACGCUUAUUCGUUAAAUACUCAACACUAGCUUUAUGCGGUAUGUUUGAGUCCAGUGUAAAUGUGUAAAAUUUCAGUUCUUUCCAAAUCAAUCUGCUUCGCAAGCUAUUCGUAGUAAAAUUGUUAGUGAUCGAUCGAGCUAUUUUAGUAGUAAAAUUGUUAGUGAUCGAUCGGGGUUAAAAGUUGAUCGCGUGCCACAGUGCAUCGUAGUAAACUAUACAGUGUUAGCUACAGAUAGGCUUAUGUUCAAAAGUGGAAUUAUCAAAAAAAAAAAAAAACAGGGAAUGGUGGAACGCCCCCUUAAAAGCACGAUCAGAGCAGUGUUAUUCGCAUUAUUAUCCAUAGCCCUGCCCUUCUCUCUGGCUACUCUGUGGCUACACGCUGAACUGAUGCCCUAUCCGAUUGUCAGCAAAUCCGUUUCAGUUUUCCCGUUUUUAUGUGUACUUUUCUUUGAUCCCCACAGUUUUUCUCCCGCGUGUACCCGUUGUACAGUAGUUCGUAAGGUGGUAUAGUAGAGGAUAGUAAGAGCAAAUUUUUUCUUGCAAAAAACACGAAAAGAAAAAAUAGCGUUAAAUAAGAGUAUGAUUUUAAAGCAAAAAGGCUAAAUGUGUGUUUAGCCUAGUAGAAGAAGGUGGUGAACGAGAAAAGAAAACAAAUGCAAAUUAUAACGAAUGUAGCAAGCAAACGAUCGACAGAACUCUGUGCACCGUACAAGGGAAGCACCCGUGCCAGGAGAGGCGAGGGUGUAGACGACGGUAUCGUUUGAUUUUUGUACAAUAUAGAGCGAAGGCGUGCUAAUGCUGUUAGCAAUAGAAUUGUAAACGAAAUUGCUUUUGAUAAGGUUAAUAACAAGUAAGACACAAGCAACAGUAACAGAAAUUGGUCCCGUAUCAUGUGAAAACAUAAAAACAUUAUAAACGAGGUUAACAUACUUGGAAACAAAUGCUUUUGUCAAAACAACAGCACAUAGGCCACUUGCUCUUUCUAUAACCGGUAGCAUAUCACAUUCUAAAGGCAAAAUGUACAUACAGUGGUCCCCCGAGGAAGGGUGAAGGCAAUUGUCCCCCCGUAUCUGCCACCUUUUAGAUGUGUGAUAUGUAAUAAAUUAUUUCGGUUCAUAAUUUCUGAUUAUUUGUCGCACGCAUCAGAGAACGGCUGUUUUGGAUUCGAAUCGGAAGGUUACAGUUUCGUUUCACUAGCAAAAGUCUGCCGAGUGCUGUCAUAUCUCUUAAUAAAGGCUUGGACUGCAGAAAAGCACAGGAAAUGGAAAACAUUAACUAAUCCACAUUCAUUGAAGCCGAAAAUAAGAACAAAAAAGAAGUACAGGUAGUUCUCGAGAUACACAGGGUACCCUGUUAUACGUGGUUUCAAAGAUUCAAGCAGCCUUUAUACCUUUUAAUGCGAUGCAGCACAUUUGUUCUAACUAGUGUCAAUGUUUUCUUUCAAAAAGUCGCCUGUAAUGAGGAAUAUAUUACGAGCAAUGCAGAAAAUCCUUUUCAAAACUUUCAAUUAUAAACGAUUCUACACCCGAAUUCGCGGUUGAUAGUGCACCUUUGGGGACUGCCUGUACAUAGAAAUAAAACAUGCUUGACAGCAAGCGCUAGCAGUGGCAAAUAGUUUGCAAACAACACUUAAUAAACGAGAUCAUUUGAGAACGAGCAAAAGCUGAUGAUGGAUGAUAAAGACCACGGUGUGGAGUGUAACGCUUUACAGAUCUCAGCUUGCAAGAAAACAAACAAAAGAGCAAACAAAAGGGGACAACGUUUAGUAACAUUAUCUGGUUUAAGCAUAUAGUGGUACAAUAACAAAACAAAUAUUAUACACAGACCACGCGGUUCUGUAAUGGCGCAGCAACGAGUUGAAUAAAUCCAUUGCUUGGCCGAAGCCGGAGCAUAAACUGA